AUGGCAGACCUUUCAUAUAAUGAUUUGUAUGGUCAAAUCCCAUUCUCCAUUGGAAAACUUUCUCAUCUCACCUCUCUCAACCUUUCUCGGAAUCAUCUUUUUGACCAGAUUCCAUCUUCAAUUGGAAAUCUUACACAUCUCACGUUUCUCGAACUUUAUGGUAAUCAAUUUUCGGGUCAGAUUCCGCCUUCAAUUGAAAAUCUUUCACAUCUCACCUCUCUCACUCUUACUGAUAAUCAGUUUUUGGGUCAGAUUCCAUCUUCAAUUGGAAAUUGUUCAUAUCUCACCUCUCUCUAUCUUUCUGAUAAUCAGUUUUGGGGUCAGAUUCCAUCUUCAAUUACAAAGCUCUCUCAUCUCGAAACUCUUGACCUGAGUAAUAACAAUUUUGAUGGUGAAAUCCCAUCUUCUUUUGGCUGUUUGAAACAGUUGACCGACUUAGAUUUAGAAUUAAAUAAUCUGAGUGGUAACUUUCUCAUUGCACCACAAAAUUUGACAAACCCUCUGAACCCAAGUUGA